CUUUCGUCUUUCUGUAAAAAUCUUCUUGAAACUGUUGGUCCCUCAGCAACGGAUGGAAGAAGGUAUAGACCAAUUCGGAAUGGGCGAUCUCCUUGGCACAUAAAAAUAACGACUUGAUGAACUGAGCAACCUCGUGGAAACGUUUCUCCGCCACCUGCUUGAUGUUUGAACGUCCCACGUGAAGUCCACUGGAUAAACUGGAUAAAAAAAAGGUAAAAGAUGUAUGACCUCAAAAAAUAACCCAAAAAUUAAAAAAAACACAUUAGUGUAACAUUGAUAAAUUUUAUUCCAUCUCAGGAGAUUCUCUAGUGAAUUUCACAUCAAUUCCGAUGAGAGAUCCGUAAUCUAUCACAACAAUGUCGCUGCUGAUGAAACUGAGGCAACAAUAGAUGGGAAACCCGUCAAUUCCAGGUAGAUAAUGGAAAAGUGGAGAUAAAACACGCCGGUUUAUCAGUUACCUACAAUAAUGGAAUUAGAUAAUCCCCAAUAGAUAAUAAAUAUCAUUUUGGUCGUCACGAUCGAUCUGCGAUCAAAUAUGAACAUUUUCAAAAGAUUCAAAACCACGUUCAACCCCAAAGUUCCCAAAAGAAAGACCAGGAAGGAGAAGGGAGAGCCGCAAAUACAGUGCUUGAAAUAUAGGAUUUAUUCGGAGUUCACGACAGAACAUGUAUUCGACACCAACCCAAGGCAUCUACCGGAAAAACCUUUCACCCCCACGCAAUCUAAGAAACUCCACGUUAAAUCCUUAUCCGAGAACAACCUGUCAUCAACAGAAAAAUCCGAUACCAACCCGGACCAGAAGGUUAUCAAAAACGGUAUGUGGCCCUCUGAAAACGACCUGGGAAAACCCAACAAAUCGGAAACGGAUAAACAAAUACAACCAAUACCCGCCGAAGUCGAAACAACAAAUUCGGCGACAAAGAAAAAGGAUAAAGGUAUACUGAAGAAUAAAAACGAAAGAGUGGAAAGCGAACUGUAUAACGAGGAUAAUUAUGCGAAAACGAACUUCAACGAGGAAGUAACAUACGAGCAGUACGAGCCCAUCGACGAUGAACUCGGCGAGGAAGACAUCUACUAUUUCGAACAGAGGGAGGACGAGUCUUCGGAUAAGUACGUGGUCCACAAGAGCCCCACUGUACACUUCACAGAGAGCGACCACGAGUACGAGGAACCAAUUCAUCAAAGCGGAGGACUGGGAGGUGAAACCAGGGAAAAUCCUGUCUACAGACUAUCUACUCAUCCUAAACUGAAUCCUACGGUGCAAGGUACUACCAAAGAUGAAGAAUACGCAAGAAGUAUCGGACUGAACACUUUCGGGAAUACCAAGAAGCUCGGGUACCCGGGAGAUUACAGUCUGGAGGCAGCAAGCAUAUUUUUUGAAAGCCAAGACGAUCACGAGUGUUGAACCCAAAGACGAAAGUGAUUCAACACUAGCUAGAUUGUUGUGAUAUUAAGCGUCUGAAAAAGAAAUGAUAUUUGGAGAAAUCGAACAAUAAAAUGUUGAAUAUAAAUUAAA